AUGAACGAACAGUGCUGGAAAGAUGUAGCUGGAAUAUGGCAGUACCAACAGGGAGAACAUCAACAGGACAACAUCAACAGGACAACAUCAACAGGACAACAUCAACAGGACAACAUCAACAGGACAACAUCAACAGGACAACAUCAACAGGACAACAUCAACAGGACAACAUCAACAGGACAACAUCAACAGGACAACAUCAACAGGACAACAUCAACAGGACAACAUCAACAGGACAACAUCAACAGGACAACAUCAACAGGACAACAUCAACAGGACAACAUCAACAGGACAACAUCAACAGGACAACAUCAACAGGACAUCAACAGGGCGACCAAAUAA